AUGACAAAACAUGUUUAUCAGAAGAAGAAGAAGAAACUCUUAAAGUUGGUAAUUUGUGAUGAUUCCAGGGAAGAGGAUGUUGUACCUGAGUCUCUAAUCCAUGAUGCUGAAUCAUCACCUGUGCAGAAUUCUCUAGUUAAGUCAAAUGCUGAGACCACUGUAAAUAUUGAUGAUUUUGCGGAAACAUCUGUUGAGGACACAACCAUUCAUCGGGGUGAUUCAAUGAAGGUUUCUACUCCUGUGAAGACAAUUUUCACAUCACCCGAGCGUCAGGAGAACAGACUUCUCGAUGCCAUUACAGAUGCAGAUCGACAAAAUGAAAAACGGAUGAAGGCACAAUCUAUGUCUUUUACUUCUAAUUUGAAAUAUUUAAAGGCGAUUGUGAAGGAAGGGCACAUUUUGUUUAUUCAAGAUGUGAAGAAAGUUCGAGAAGAUGUAAAUCUGAAAAUUCAGGAAUUGAGGGAAGAUAUUGGAAAAGAAGUUUCAGCUUUACAACAUGAUUAUUCUUCUCUUCAUCAGAAGUUUGAUAUCAUUGCAGAUGUUGUCACCAAAUUUGUCAAGUUAUAUGAGUCUUUGGUUCCGAAGGUUGCCAAAACGGCUGAUACAGAUGUUCAAAGCUUUGCGAAUAUUAAUUAG